GUUCAGAUUUCCUGUAAAAAAAAAAAUGAGUUUCCAGCAUUUCAGGCUCGGGCAACUGGCGAUGUCCCAGCCUUUGCCUCCACAUUUGCAGCAGAACCAGCCUUCUUCUUAUUCCCAAAAUGUUCCUUCUGUCAGCUCGACGUCCACUACCGUAGCCUCGACGUCGACGGCGGCAUCGGCAACGUCUUUGAAACCAGGCUUGUCUAGGGCACCGUACGGCUCAGGUGAUUCAGACGAUGGUUAUACGCUCAUUUUUCCUUCCAUUACGGCGUUUCACGACUGGCGCAGACAGGAAGAAGAAACGCAGAUGGUCGAGUUCGUGAAGGGAGACACCCAUGGUAGUAAAGCUGUUCCGCCUCGUUUCAAGGACCACACAAAGCUCGUUUGUGCUCGCCAUUCAAGGAGUGGACGCAAAAAGUAUGUCAAGAAGCAUCCUGAAAGAGUCAGAAAGAUUCCUAGCAGAAAGCUUGAAGGACAGGGUUGCCAGGCAUCCAUAAGCUAUAAGACAUACUUUGACACAGAAGACGUACGCGCUUGCUAUAUAUCAGAACACUCUCAUCCCAUCGGAUUAGCGAAUCUCCCAUUCACUCGACGAGGUCGACGGGUUGCUGUGCAAGAAGGGAAGGAACGCUCAAAGCGCAGCUCUCAACCUGCUUCGUCUUCAGUGGCACCUGAAGGACCCUCAGUAGGGAGUGGUUCGCCUAUGCCUACUCCCUCAGUUUCUACCAUGAACUCGGGUGCCAGCGGUGAUCCAUCCUCUAUGUCACUUUCGCAGCAGCAGCAGCGACACAUGCCACAGUAUCCACCCAACAUAUCGCAGUUCCCCCAGCAUUUCCAACCCUAUCAGCAAUCUCCACAUGCUCCCGCGCCAUAUCAACAGAUGCCUCCUCCCGCGACAAAUGCUCCCUCCGAGCGAGAACGCUGGGACCGCAUGAGCGUGCUUUUCACAUCCAUCCGCGAUCACGCACGUGCAUUCGAGUACCCUGGCUCAAGCAUCGCCGCUCUCGAAAGCGUCCUUAUUCGCCUGUAUCUCGAAAGCCCUAUGGGAGUCGUUAGCGGCAGCGGCACUGGUCUCGGUGCCUUGGGCAUCAGUAUGCAUGGCGGCGGUCCACAUAUUCAGCACGGACAGGGACAAGGACAGGGCCAUGGACUCGGAGUUCAUGGUGUGCAUCCCGGUGCGCAGGGGCACGAUGGAUCUGCUCCUCAUGAUGCGUCUGGAGGUGUAACUCAAGUGAAUGGCGGAAUGGAGAACAAUAUGGAUGGUGGCACCUAAGGUAAUAGUCAUUUCUAACACGGUGUUAUACAUUAGGACUGGUGAUUAUAAUUUAGAAGAAGAACAUCACCAUGUUACCAUUUGAUGUAUAAUUCAAGUCUUAGACUCGCCGUGGCGUUGCCGCGGGAGGGAACCUGUAGCACCAGUUCCUGUACUGUCGUUCCCCACCAUUUCGGAUGCUACUGAGCAUUCGGACGUCACAUACUCACAUCUCCUGAUAAGAUAGGCCUCAUCCACAAUCGACGCCAUCACAUGACGUGACUUGGCCUGUGACAGCCAGUGUUACUCUCACUGCAACUUAGGAAUUAUGCACACAAUGAUUUAUAUAUCUUCUGUAUAUAACUCCCUAAG